AUGAACUUUAACGCUUCAAGAAAUGUAGGCCAUCCUGGACCCCGGAAGGCAAAGAGAGUAAGCGAUGUGUCUGCAAUGGGUGCACCUACGCCGGCUCCUCCAUUUAGUCCUAGUCCCGGGAUCAGCAGCGGGUUUCCUCCUGUAGGACCUCCACCACCCUAUCAACAAGGGAUCCAUAUGGAUCAAACACCAAACUUUGGACAGCGAGAUCCUGCUGGAAGCUUUAGUUAUCCAGGUACUUUCACUAACACUCCUAUGGCAUCCCCCAAUCAAAUUGGGUCUAUGCUUCAGCAGCCAGUAGUUCAGGAUAUGGCACUGCAGUAUGGCAAUCAACUAGCAGCACAGGGACGUGAGGUGGUUAAGCGAGAGCUUGAUAAAUAUGUGCCAGUGUCUAGAUUAAGAUACUACUUUGCUGUAGACACCAGAUAUGUUUUGAAAAAACUUCUUCUUAUUGUAUUUCCGUUUACACAUAAGGAAUGGAUGAUGAAAUAUGAUCAAGAAACGCCAGUGCAACCACGUUAUGAUAUAAAUGCACCAGAUCUGUACAUACCAUCUAUGGGCUAUGUCACUUAUGUUCUCCUUGCAGGAUUUAUGUUAGGUCUCCAACACCGCUUCUCACCUGAACAAAUAUCAAUUCAAGCAUCUAGUGCACUAGCAUACAUAAUUUUUGAAAUGGUGUUAUAUUUAGCAACAUUAUACAUCACAAAUACCAGCACUCAGCUGAAAACCCUGGAUUUACUGGCAUACUCCGGGUAUAAGUACAGCACAAUGAUUUGCAGUCUGCUGGCUGGUUUGCUACUGGGUGGAACAGUCUAUUAUUGUGCCUUACUUUAUUAUAGUACAGCACUGUCUUAUUUCCUUGUUAAAACACUGAGGCUACAAAUUCUUUCUGGAUCACCAGCACCUGAUACUAGCUACAAUUACUCAACAUACAAUCCAGCCAACCCCUAUACAGAUAACUGGUCUAAGUCUAGCGGUGGGGGUGGGACAAAGCGCAGAGUAUAUUUUCUGCUAUUUGUAGCUAUCACUCAGCCACUUCUCUCGUGGUGGCUCACUUACCAUCUCAUACCUCCAUCUGUUGUCACUCAGGCCACAUAA